AUGACAACGAUAAUUCCGCAGAUUUUACUUUGUGCUUUGGUGGCGACGGCUGCUGCAGCCCCAGACCACUACGGACCACCUCAGACCGGAUUCUAUGGCAUUCCCAGUCCAGUCAUUCCCAUACUGAAGGACGACCGUGAAGGACCUGAUGCGUCUGGAGUAUACAGCUUCGAGUUCGAGACCGGCAAUGGCAUCAAACGUGAGGAACAAGGUGCCCCUCAAGGAUCAUCUGGCGCAGUGGCAAUGCAAGGAGGGUGGUCUUUCACUUUCCCCGAUGGCUCUCCCGCCGACGUGACUUUCGUCGCCGACGACGCUGGUUACCGCGUGGAGUCCGACCUGCUGCCCACGCCCCACCCCCUCCCCGCCCACGCCAUCGCCCAGAUCGAGAAGGCUCGUCGGGAGGACGCAGCAGCUGCAGCCUUUAGCGGACGUUACUCUGCCCCUAAGACUAGCUAUGGAUACCCAUGA